UUUUUUUCCCCCCUCGAAGAUUAGAUGACUCUGGUAACUGCUGUAAAAUGGAUGGAAUUUUCGAGCUAUUAUCUAACAGGCAGAUCUUUGAAUGAUAAUUGGACCCUUAUGUUAACAGCCUUAGUGAAGAGUUUUUAUAAAACAUCUUACAUGGGGUGGCGGCUCGGCGUUGCGGGAAACUGUGCUGAGGUCCGACCUGGGAGACCAGGAAUCUGCUGCAAGCUGUGCCACCAACUAAACUGUAACCCUGGCCACGUUACCUACUCUCUCAGGGCGCCAGUUUCCUCGUCUGUUAAAUGAAGACUUCCAGGAGGGCUGUUGGCCUGCUGCUGUGCUGCUGAACAGUAUGCAGUCCUUUCGGGAGCAAAGCAGUUACCACGGAAACCAGCAGAGCUACCCACAGGAGGUACACAGCUCAUCCCGGUUAGAAGAGUUCAGCCCUCGCCAGGCCCAGAUGUUCCAGAAUUUUGGGGGUGCAGGUGGUGGUAGUGGCGGCAGUGGUGGCAGCAGUGGUGCUGGACGACGAGGAACAGCAGCUGCUGCAGCAGCAAUGGCUAGCGAAACCUCUGGCCAUCAGGGCUACCAGGGUUUUAGGAAAGAAGCUGGAGACUUCUACUACAUGGCAGGCAACAAAGACCCCGUGGCGACAGGAACCCCGCAGCCUCCUCAGCGAAGGCCUUCUGGGCCUGUGCAGAGCUAUGGACCCCCCCAGGGGAGCAGCUUUGGCAAUCAGUAUGGGAGUGAGGGUCAUGUGGGCCAGUUUCAAGCACAGCACUCUGCCCUUGGUAGUGUGUCUCAUUAUCAGCAGGAUUACACAGGGCCUUUCUCUCCAGGGAGUGCUCAGUACCAACAGCAGGCCUCCAGCCAACAGCAGCAGCAGCAAGUACAGCAGUUGAGACAGCAGCUUUACCAGUCCCAUCAGCCUCUGCCACAAGCCACUGGCCAGCCAGCGUCUAGCUCUUCCCAUCUGCAGCCAAUGCAGCGGUCCUCAACCCUGCCGUCCUCGGCUACUGGUUACCAGUUAAGAGUGGGUCAGUUUGGCCAACACUACCAGUCUUCUGCCGCCUCCUCUUCCUCCUCCUCCUUCCCUUCACCACAACGUUUCAGCCAAUCUGGGCAGAGCUAUGACGGCAGUUACAGUGUGAAUGCUGGAUCCCAGUAUGAAGGACAUAAUGUGGGUUCUAAUGCACAGGCUUAUGGAACACAAUCAAAUUACAGCUAUCAGCCUCAAUCUAUGAAAAAUUUUGAACAAGCGAAGAUUCCACAAGGGACCCAGCAGGGGCAGCAGCAGCAACAGCAGCAGCAGCAACAACAGCAACAGCAGCAGCAGCAGCAGCAGCAGCAGCAGCAGCAGCACCCCCCUCAGCAUGUGAUGCAGUACACCAACGCUGCCACCAAGCUGUCCCUGCAGAGCCAGGUGGGGCAGUACAGCCAGCCCGAGGUUCCUGUGAGGUCUCCCAUGCAGUUUCACCAGAACUUCAGCCCCAUUUCCAACCCUUCCCCAGCUGCCUCUGUGGUUCAGUCUCCAAGCUGUAGUUCUACCCCAUCUCCUCUUAUGCAGAGUGGGGAGAAUCUCCAGUGUGGGCAAGGCAGUGUGCCCCUGGGUUCCAGAAACAGAAUUUUACAGUUAAUGCCGCAGCUCAGCCCAACCCCGUCAAUGAUGCCCAGUCCUAAUUCUCAUGCUGCAGGCUUCAAAGGGUUUGGACUAGAAGGAGUGCCAGAAAAGCGACUGACGGAUCCUGGGUUGAGUAGUCUGAGCGCCCUGAGUACUCAAGUGGCCAAUCUUCCUAAUACUGUCCAGCACAUGCUACUUUCUGAUGCCCUGACACCUCAGAAGAAGACCUCCAAGAGACCCUCCUCAUCCUCUAAGAAAGCAGACAGCUGCACAAACUCCGAAGGCUCCUCGCAGCCUGAAGAACAGCUGAAGUCCCCCAUGGCAGAGUCACUGGAUGGAGGCUGCUCCAGCAGUUCUGAGGAUCAAGGCGAGAGAGUGAGGCAGCUAAGUGGCCAGAGCACCAGCUCUGACACUACCUACAAGGGUGGAGCCUCAGAGAAAGCUGGCUCCUCACCAGCACAAGGCGCUCAGAACGAAGCCCCCAGACUCAGUGCCAGUCCUGCAACCAGAGAAGAAGCUGCCUCGCCAGGUGCUAAGGACACGCCGUUGUCUUCCGAGGGCAACCCAAAAGUCAACGAGAAGACAGUUGGGGUGAUCGUCUCCCGGGAAGCCAUGACAAGUCGAGUAGAAAAGCCUGGUGGACAAGAUAAAGGCUCCCAGGAGGAUGAUCCUGCAGCCACUCAGAGGCCACCCAGCACUGGCGGGGCAAAGGAAACCAGUCACACGUCAGUUCCCCAGCCAGAGCCUCCGGGAGUAGGGAGCAAAGGAAACAAGAAUGGAGACAACUCCAACCACAAUGGAGAGGGCAAUGGCCAGAGCGGGCACUCUGUGGCAGGCCCUGGUUUUAUAGGCAGAACUGAGCCUAGCAAAUCUCCUGGAAGCCUGCGCUAUAGUUACAAAGAUAGUUUCGGGUCAGCCGUGCCAAGAAAUGUCAGUGGCUUUCCUCAGUAUCCUACGGGACAAGAUAAAGGGGAUUUCACUGGCCAUGGGGAGCGAAAGGGUAGAAAUGAGAAGUUCCCCAGCCUCCUGCAGGAAGUGCUCCAGGGUUACCACCACCACCCUGACAGGAGAUAUUCUAGGAGUGCUCAGGAGCAUCAGGGCAUGGCGGGGGGCCUAGAAGGAGCCACGAGACCUAAUGUCUUAGUCAGUCAGACCAAUGAAUUAGCUAGCAGGGGCCUUUUGAACAAAAGCAUUGGGUCCCUAUUAGAGAACCCCCAUUGGGGCCCGUGGGAAAGGAAAUCAAGCAGCACGGCUCCUGAAAUGAAACAGAUCAAUUUGGCUGACUAUCCAAUUCCCAGAAAGUUUGAAAUAGAGCCGCAGUCAUCAGCCCAUGAGCCCGGGGGUUCCCUCUCUGAAAGAAGAUCAGUGAUCUGUGAUAUUUCUCCACUAAGACAGAUUGUCAGGGACCCGGGGACUCACUCACUGGGACACAUGGGCGCUGACACCAGACUUGGGAGGAAUGAACGUCUCAAUCCAACUUUAAGUCAGUCGGUCAUUCUUCCAGGUGGGCUGGUGUCCAUGGAAACAAAGCUGAAAUCCCAGAGUGGGCAGAUAAAAGAGGAAGACUUUGAACAAUCCAAAUCCCAAGCUAGUUUCAACAGCAAGAAAUCUGGAGACCACUGCCAUCCUGCUAGCAUCAAGCAUGAGUCUUACCGAGGCAACGCCAGCCCUGGAGCGGCAGCCCAUGAUUCCAUCUCAGACUAUGGCCCACAAGACAGCAGACCCACGCCAAUGCGGCGGGUCCCCGGCAGAGUUGGUGGUCGGGAGGGCAUGAGGGGUCGGUCCCCUUCUCAGUAUCAUGACUUUUCAGAAAAACUGAAGAUGUCUCCUGGGAGGAGCAGAGGCCCAGGCGGAGACCCUCAUCACAUGAACCCACACAUGACCUUUUCAGAGAGGGCCAACAGGAGUUCUUUACACGCUCCCUUUUCUCCCAACUCAGAGAGCCUGGCCUCUGCUUAUCACACAAACACCCGGGCUCAUGCUUAUGGGGACCCCAGUGCAGGUUUGAAUUCUCAGCUCCACUAUAAGAGGCAGAUGUACCAACAGCAACAAGAGGAAUAUAAAGACUGGAGCAGCAGCUCUGCUCAGGGAGUAAUCGCUGCAGCACAGCACAGGCAGGAGGGACCGAGGAAGAGCCCAAGGCAGCAACAGUUUCUUGACAGAGUACGGAGCCCUCUGAAAAAUGACAAAGAUGGUAUGAUGUAUGGCCCACCAAUGGGGACUUACCAUGACCCCAGCGGUCAGGAGGGUGGGCGCUGCCUCAUGUCCAGCGAUGGUCUGUCUAACAAAGGCGUUGAAUUGAAGCAUGGCUCCCAGAAGUUACAGCAAGAAUCUUGUUGGGAUCUUUCUCGGCAGACUUCUCCAGCCAAAAGCAGUGUUCCUCCAGGAAUGUCCAAUCAAAAAAGGUACGGACCACCGCUUGAGACCGAUGGACAUGGACUAGCUGAGUCUACACAGUCAUCCAAACCUAGUAAUGUUAUGCUAAGGCUUCCAGGUCAAGAGGAUCAUUCUUCUCAAAACCCCUUAAUCAUGAGAAGGCGUGUCCGUUCUUUUAUCUCUCCCAUUCCCAGUAAGAGACAGUCACAAGAUGUGAAGAACAGUAACACUGAAGAUAAAGGGCGCCUCCUUCACCCAUCAAAAGAAGGUGCUGAUAAAGCGUUCAAUUCCUACGCCCAUCUUUCUCACAGUCAGGAUAUCAAGUCUAUCCCUAAGAGAGAGUCCUCCAGGGACCUUCCGGGUCCAGACAGUAGGACCUGCCCUGCUGUUACCCUCACAAGUCCUGCUAAGACCAAAAUAUUGCCCCCACGGAAAGGGCGGGGUUUGAAAUUGGAAGCUAUAGUUCAGAAGAUCACGUCCCCAAAUAUUAGGAGGAGUGCAUCCUCAAACAGUGCAGAGGCUGGCGGAGACACAGUCACUCUCGAUGACAUACUGUCUUUGAAGAGUGGCCCUCCUGAAGGUGGGGGCGGUGCUGUUCAGGAUGCUGAGAUGGAGAAGAGAAAAGGUGAGGUGGUAUCUGAUCUAGUCUGUCCAACAAACCAGGAGCUGAAUGUAGAGAAGCCUCUUGCAAGGUCUUCAGAGGAGUGGCGUGGCAGUGGGGACAACAAAGUGAAGACUGAGACACACCCAGAUGCAGUCACUGGUGGAAAGGAAUCCUCUGGUGUUAUGACAUCGGCAGCCUCACAGAAGCCUGGGAGUAACCAAGGGAGACCAGAUGGCUCCCUGGGUGGGGCAACACCUUUAAUCUUUCCUGACUCAAAGAAUGUACCUCCAGCAGGCAUCGUGGCCCCUGAGGCAAAGGCAAACCCCAAGGCUGAAGAGAAGGAGAACGAUACAGUGACGAUUUCCCCCAAACAAGAAGGUUUCCCCCCGAAGGGAUAUUUCCCAUCAGGAAAGAAGAAGGGGAGACCCAUUGGUAGUGUGAAUAAGCAAAAGAAACAACAGCAGCCACCGCCUCCACCCCCUCAGCCCCCUCAGAUACCAGAAGGUUCUGCAGAUGGAGAGCCCAAGCCAAAAAAGCAGAGGCAAAGGAGGGAGAGAAGAAAGCCUGGGGCACAGCCAAGGAAGAGAAAAACCAAACAAGCAGUUCCCAUCGUAGAACCCCAAGAACCUGAGAUCAAACUAAAGUAUGCCACCCAGCCACUGGAUAAAACUGAUGCCAAGAACAAGUCUUUUUUCCCUUAUAUCCAUGUAGUAAACAAGUGUGAACUUGGAGCCGUUUGUACAAUCAUCAAUGCAGAAGAGGAAGAACAGACCAAAUUAGUGAGAGGUCGGAAGGGCCAGAGGUCUCUGACCCCUCCGCCCAGCAGCACUGAAAGCAAGGCACUCCCUGCUUCGUCCUUUAUGCUGCAGGGACCUGUGGUGACAGAGUCUUCUGUUAUGGGGCACCUGGUUUGUUGUCUGUGUGGCAAGUGGGCCAGUUACCGGAACAUGGGCGACCUCUUUGGACCCUUUUAUCCCCAAGAUUAUGCAGCCACUCUCCCGAAGAAUCCGCCCCCUAGGAGGGCCACGGAAGUGCAGAGCAAAGUUAAGGUACGGCACAAAAGCACUUCUAAUGGCUCCAAGACGGACACUGAGGAGGAGGAAGAGCAGCAGCAACAGAAGGAGCAGAGGAGCCUGGCCUCCCACCCCAGGUUCAAGCGACGCCACCGCUCGGAGGACUGUGGCGGAGGCCCCCGGUCCCUGUCCAGGGGGCUCCCUUGUAAAAAAGCGACCACCGAGGGCAGCGAAAAGACAGUUUUGGACUCCAAGCCCUCCGUGCCCACCACUUCAGAAGGCGGCCCCGAGCUGGAGUUACAAAUUCCUGAACUACCUCUUGACAGCAAUGAAUUUUGGGUCCACGAGGGUUGUAUUCUCUGGGCCAAUGGAAUCUACCUGGUCUGCGGCAGGCUCUAUGGCCUGCAGGAAGCGCUGGAAAUAGCCAGAGAGAUGAAAUGUUCCCACUGCCAGGAGGCAGGCGCCACCUUGGGCUGCUACAACAAAGGCUGCUCCUUCCGAUACCAUUACCCGUGUGCCGUCGACGCAGAUUGUUUGCUGCAUGAGGAGAACUUCUCCGUGAGGUGCCCCAAGCACAAGCCUCCCCUCCCAUGCCCUCUCCCCGCCUUGCAGAACAAGACAGCGAAAGGCAGCCUCAGCACAGAACAGUCGGAGCGGGGGUGAGGGGGGCAGUGUGCUCGUGGGAAUGGAAAGUACAGCAAGCACAGGUGAGACUGUGGAGAUGAGAUGGUGGUGGACACUUGUGAUGGAAUGGAAAUCGUCCUACUGUGCAGCCACACCCCACCCCACCCUGCCCUACCCCGACGUGCCUGCCCACGCCAGCACUUCCUCCUAAGUUCUUACAUCACCCUCAAACUGGUGACACCACAGGAAAGAAAGACCCAAGAAGUUGGAAUGGCUGUUUCCAUGGACACAAUCUCCAUAGUGACAAUGUGGGGGGAGGGGGGAGGGGUGGGAUGAUGGGAAAGGGGGGAAUUAAAAGGGAGGGAUAAAAAUAUAUAUAUAUAAAUCUAUUUUUAGUCUGGAAAGACUUUGUUUAAAUGAAAGGUGCGCUAUCCCUUUUGAUUCUAUUUUAAAAUUAUCUAGUUAAAGAACUCCAAAUUUGUUCCAAUAACAGUGAAAUUUAAAUGUGAAAUUGAACUGAACAAACUCUCAUCUCAUUAAGGAUGGGGGUGUGGCUUUGAUCUUUAGUCUGUCUCGCACCAAUUCAGAGAACUCUAGACCCAGGAUUGAAAGAGCAGACAAACCACACCAAAACCAUCCUUCUGUCAUUAAUUUGUCUCAAAGUGGGAAGGUUUGGGGUGGGGGGAGUGGGGACGGUCCAUGUUUUCAGGAGCGAGAGAAUGAUGUUUAAACACAAAAAUAAAUUUUUUCAUUUCCAGAAACACUAUUUAUUUAUUAUUUUUUAAAUUUUUUAUCUUUUUUUGGGGGGGUGAAAUUGGCAGAUGCCCGGAGGUCACAGCUGUGUCCUGGGUCACUGUGGCCAGUGAGAACCCCGAAUGCCCCACUAAGUGCACAUGGCAGGCCAGGGUCAAGAGUUGGCCCUCAUCUGGGCACAUUCCAGGCAGCUGUGCCCUGACCCCCGAGGGAACAGGAAAUAAGGUUAGGAAUUGACAUGGGGGAGGGACUGUCGGCUGUAAUCAGUGUGGGGUAAGCUGACCAGGGACACCCAGUAAACCCUUUUCUCUUUUGCUUUCAUUUUUAUAAAGGAGAAGGGGGCCUGUCAGUUGAGCAGCCCCCCAUGCUACAUGAUUCUUUAUGUUGUGUUGUUUUGUUUGUAAAUUGUAUAAUUUUUAAAUAUCUGAGUUUUAAAAAAAGAAGAAAAAAGUACAAAAAAAAAAUCUUGUUAAGGCCUUAAGAAGGGGUUAGUGCAUCUUUCAGGGGUCACUCUGCCGUGGGGAUAAAAUAGCUGUUUCACAAAACAGUUUUAUUUAAAAAACAAGCAAAAAAAAUCAAAAAAAUAAUAAACUUCAUUUUAACCUUA